CGUGUUAGUAGAUUCAUUAUGUCGAACUCAUAAUCUGCAGUUGUUACUCCUGUCUCCUGACAAAAACAUUGCAUGCGGCGCCUGUAGAGUGUGGAAAGUUACUGGAGCGCGCAGCUGCACACAUCUCGCACUAUGGUCUCGCACGUCUCGCACAAGGAACGUCAUGGCAGUGAUUGACAAGCCAGAGGGCCAAUCGUUUACGCGACGAUCGCGUAAACAAUUUGCUGAUGUUUUUAAGGCCCUACCUCGUGCACAGAUGAUGUAUAUUAAUAUUAUUCCUUUCAGUGCACCUAAUAAAUAGUCUUUUAUUAGUUAGUAAAGACAGUUUCAAGUAAUAUUGCAAAAAUUUAUAAAACAAAACAUCCUCUUUAGCACCUAUAAUUGCAGUAAGAUGUUACAUGAAACGAGCAAACCUCUUCACUCCUGUUUACAUGCAAUUUUCACUAUUCUGAUUAUUCACUAAGAAGUGUGGUUAUUUUUACUGCCAUUAUACAAAUGAACAAGUCAGAAACAGUAGGUAUGUUACUGCCCAUUGUUUUAAUCUACUUACAUCAAAUGCAAAACACAUUUCUAUAGACAUAUUGGAAGGUUGUUGUUACAACAGAGACACCGGAAGCAGAGAUAAAAGCAGUUUGGAUGUUUAUUGGUAUAAUCAGCAGAGCAACAGGUAAGUGAAGUGGUGGUUAUGAUGAUCUUGAAGAUGAAUGAGAGGUAAUACUGUCCUUUUCUUUGCGCUGCAGGUGAUGGUGGAAGGAGACGCUGGAGCUGGCAGACUGAACACUCACACACACAGGCAGGUAAGAACACGAGGAGAACAGGAGACGAUGGAGACGAAGGAGAUGAUGAAGACAGGUAAGUAUCACUUUGGGAGUCCUUGAGGUAAGCAUACAACAGGUUGUACAACGAACGAGACCGGACAAUGUGUGUGUGUGGGGUUUAAAUAGCGUGGUUGAUGACUGUGAUGAUGAGCUUCAGGUGGCGGUGAUCAGUAUUCCGGUGAUUGAGUGCGUGGGUAAGGGAGUGAGGUGGAACCUGACGUGUCUGUGACAGUUGUAUGUGUUAUAUGCGUUUACAUACACUGCAUUGCUUUCUUUGUGCUUUCUCUGGAUUAAGAUACGGAGUGAGUUGUGUUGACAGAGUUUAGUAAGGAAGCUUGUUUCCACCACAGAAUAAAAAAAUGUAAAAGAUAAUUGUGAAUUUUUAUCUCACAAAUCUGACUUUUUUUCUCACAAUUGCAAGUUAUAAAGCCAAAAUGUCAGCUCACAUUUCCAUAAUUUCUUAUAAUUGUGAAUUGUGAGCUAGCCUAUAAGUUCAUAAUUUUGAGAAAGAAGUCAGAAUUGUGAGAUAAAAAGCUGCAAUUACCUUUACAUAUCUUUUUUAGAAUAAUAGCAUAGCAGGAAAUGACUGAGGUUCCCUUGAGCAAGGCACCUAACCCCCAAUCUCUCCCCGGGCGCCACAGCAAAAUGUCUGCCCACAGCAUUGGGUGUGCCAAUGGUUUGCAAUGUGUGUGUUUACUACUCACUACUCCUAAUGUGUGUGCACUAACUUGGAUGGGUUAAAUGCAGAGGACAAAUUCCGAGUAUGGGCUACCAUCAUUGAAGCGCCAACAGACUUUUUUUCUGGAUCUUUGGGAGGAGAUUGGAGCUUUAACUUUAAUUUCUACAUUUCCAGAACUGUUUAUUUCACACAAACAUAAUAAUGUUGUUCUGCAGUAUUAAUUGAUUUUGCGGUAGUGUGGGCGGGACCUUGAUCACGGCUCCACUUCGUGCUCACUACUGCACUCGGGGUCCAAGUUCACUAUGCGCAGACUUGAGACUCAAGAUGUCAGCUAUAUUGGCACACUGGUGGUUUCAUUUACUACAAUGGAAAAAAGUGAAGGUGCGUCGUCCAUCUUUUACAUUUUAUGGUCACAUCACUUUACUUCACUUCUAGUUUUAUUGAAAAAAUUAACAAAAACAAAUCAAACACAAAGACCAGAGAACCAGGAACAGAAUGUGUGCACCAAACAUAACAUCCAUGUAGGAACAAGACUCGGCAAAGAACACAAGAAGGUUUAAAUACACAAAAGCAAACAAGACAUACCUGGGAAUAAUCACUGAACUAAUCAACACAAAAAACUAGAAAGGACUACAAAACAUGGCGCAGAACAGGAAAUAACAUAAGUCCACACAAGACCAGUGGAACACAGGCCGGGAUCAUGACAGAAUUAAUGCCUGUCAUUCCAACCACACAACUUUGCGAUGCUGUUGCGAAUGUUUGUUGGAUCUAUAGUCUCAGGAAACACGACUUGUUAAACUAUGCUGAUAACAAUGGAACUAGCGACCAUAGUUGACUAACACUCCAUUAAAAACUCUUUAAACUCUAUUAAUACACAAAUUGAAGGAGAUAUUAAAUAUAUUAAUUUCAUUAACUGACCAUCUUUUCACACAAUUAGCUUUUCCCAACUUUGAGAUCAGAGAAAUGUUUUGCCUAACUGGUAGUACAGAGUCUGAGGUAAAUGCACAGACUGUCUUAUAACUUCAUGAAUUCAAGACAUAUUUCCACACAAAUGCACAAGGAAACAUAAACCAAUAGGAUUUGCUAUAGGAUACUUGAUGCUGUUAGUCAGGCACUUAUUGGUGAAAUACACACCAAGGGUUACUGUAUUUUUUUUUUUCCACAGUCAUUUUGACACACACAAACCAGCCACUGGGAUUCCAUACGUAGUUCAUGACAGAUGCUUUACAUCGAUAUUUAAAAAGUGAUGCUCUCUGACUCUCAUUCUCUGUACCUUCAACAACAGAGUUGACACAAGUCUGGAGAUCUGCAGAUACAAAGACUUUAUAGAUCGCAGUAUUAUUCAGUGUUUUAUAACAGCAUUUUUUGUCUUUUUUAUUGAAUAUGUCUAAUUUUAAUGAUUCGAAAUCUAACAUCACUCAGACUACAUCACCAGUGGAUCGAGAUUUGAAAACAUUUUUGUCUGUGUCCUCAUGUGUUAUUUUCCUGUAUGUCAAUGGAGUCAUGAUCUUCACUUUGAGGAAAAAGGCUGUUUUUCAGGAGGCAUCUCGCUACAUUUUGUUUGGUCACAUGCUUUGGGUCGAUACGCUCAAUCUUGUUAUGAGUGUACUGUUGUUUGUGUUGGCUGUUUGUAGGCUUUUUGUUAUGAAAAUUGUCUGCCUUAUUCUUCUUGUUGCUGCAACAGCUAUCUAUCAGGUCUCUACAUUAAAUCUGGCUUUGAUGUCACUGGAGAGGUAUGUGGCCAUCUGCAUCCCUCUCAGACAUGCAGAAAUCACCACCUACGGAAGAACUAACAUGGCCAUUGGUGUUGUUUGGAUGUUAAGCUGGAUUCAAUCCCUGUCUGAGAUUAUUAUGUUUUAUUCCAGUGAUACAAACAUAGCAAUGCAUUUGUUCUGCUCAAGAACUACUCUCUUCAGGCUACAGGUCUAUAAGAAAAUUGAAAUAGCUUUUACAUGUAUAUUUUUUGUCUCAGUGUGUUUUGUUAUUAUCUUUUCUUAUGCUUCUAUAGCAACUGUGGCUAAAACAGCCUCCUGUGAUAAAAUGUCAGCCAAAAAAGCCAACAAGACUGUUCUGUUGCAUCUAAUACAGCUGGGUCUCUGUGCUGCAUCCAUUUUAGUUGGAGUUAUCCAAGAUGUCAUUUAUGUUUAUACUGACUAUAUGACUUCAAUGAAUGUGAUGUAUUUUUGCUUUGUAGUGUUUAUGAUUUUUCCAAGAUGUCUAAGUCCUCUUAUAUAUGGCAUGAGAGACCAGGCCUUCAGCUCUUUAUUCAAAUACUACUUCACAUUUGGUCUCAAAAGAAAAAACUGUUGUAAUACAAAGAUACAUUUAUCAGGUGGCUGAAAAAUACUAGAUACUAUAAAAGUCAUGGUAAAACCUGUUGAAAUAUUAUCUGAAAUGCUUUAAUAGAUAAUAACAUGUUAUUAAGAUACAAAAGAAUAUUUAUAAUGAGAUAUUGGAGAUCAACCACACAAAAAUAACUGACCUUUGGCAAAUCAUACAACCUUGUAUUUAACAAACAUUAAACCUUUAUCACAAUUUGGCAGUGCAGUAACCACAAAUAUGAGAAGGUGUUUUGUAGGGGUUGUUUUAUUUGUCCAUGUUUUGCACUCUUUCCAGACAUAUAUCAUACAGUUACUACUGAGUUAUGGAACAUAAGUGACAUCAAAAUGUGCUAGAAGUAACUGCCUUUUGAAAAUAUAACAAUGAGAAAAUUAAAAUAGUGUCAAUUACUACUGACUACUAAAUAAAACAUUUCUUUGUUGCUAACAUGAUUAUGUAGAUAGGAAUGAAUUUUAUAUGCAAUUCAGAUUGCUGCAUAGGAGUGAAUCACUUUUCACCGAUAGAUUUUGAAUUUUUUAUCCAUAUAUACUGACAAAUGUUACACUGUCAAUCAUUUUACAUUAGCUUUACAAACUAGGUUUUGCUGGAAUCCUGUAAAGUUAAACAAAUGUGCACUUUGUGCAGCAAUUUUAUAUAACAUAUACAACAUAUUAUAUAUCAUUUGAUCAUAAAAAAGAAAUAUAAACUGGUGCUUGUGUAUGUGUGCAUGAUCUGGAGAGCAAGAGAGUUCUUUUUUUUACAUUCAAAAAUACAUUCAAAGCCAUGUCAAAGCACUUUCUGUGCAAAACUCAGUGGUCAUCAACCUGUGUGUCACUACUUGACUUUUUUUCUUGAGCCAGUAAAGCACAAAAGCAGCCAUAGCUGGUUCAAAAGAUUGCACUGGUCAAGUCAACUUCAGUGCUGACGGUGCUCCUUAAAGUCACCAUGAAAUCACAAAUGACAAUCCCUUUGACAUCAUGUAGCAGUAAUUAUUAUAAAUGAUUAUAUCUUAUUUCUGUUUUAAAUUCAUGUGCCUUUGUAAUCUGAAUUAAAAAACAUUAACGUCCCCCCCCCCACCCCCACCCCACAAUAUUUCUUCUCUGAUGACGUGUGCAUUGAAAUGAAGGAGGCAAUAAUCUCUCCCUCCCAGCAACCUGUCACUCACAUGAAACACUUACAGCAGUUAGCAAACAACAACAAUCCAAUCAAUUCCUGAUUGCCAAAAUCACAUCCUAUUUUUUUUCCUAUUUUGUUCCAGAAGCCAUUUCGGAGACAUGGUUAGGCUUGCUGCAGUGGUUGGCUGCAUUACAUUACAUCAGGUUUCACUUAUCACAUGAAGAUAGUAAGGAGAGAUGACUUAUAGAAUGAUGUUGGAGGAUUUGGUGCAGAUCCUGAGCGUCAUUAGCUAUGUUUCCAUCCAAAAUUGCGAAUUUAACUUGUGCGCAAAUUUGGAAUAUCACAUAAAACAUUUGCUAAUAAAGCACUGUUUCCGUCCAGUGAGUCGAAGAGAACAAAAUGGUAAUUUCCGGAUAAACUGGUGCUAAAUAUCACUAAGAAAAAUGAAAGUUGCUGCAGUAGAAGCCACUGCAUAUAAUAAUUUUUGUAUAUAAUAAAUUACUUGCACCUCAGAGCACGCAGAUGAAACCCAAUAAACGGUGUCACGUUAUCUUGUGUUUUCACAUGCCUGGUGUUUUGUGAACGUAAUCGUGUGAGAGUUGUCACAGUUUUGGUUAUUUAUAUUUAAAAACUCUUAGUUUGAAGUUUAUUUAUUUCAUUACGUUUUUCCCAGUUUCCUUUUUCCUGUUUUGUUCCUGUUUCCUUGGUUAUCAUGUUUUUUGUUCCCUUGGUUACUGAUUAUGUUCACCACCUGUUUCUUGUUCAGUUCUCAUUAUCUGGUGUAUUUAUAACCUCAGUUUGGUCUUUGUUUGGUGUUGUCUUUGUCUAGCCUUACUGGUUGUGACACAUGAUUUAUUGUAUGUAAAGAAUAACUUGGACAAAAUGU